GAGGGGCAUCACCACACACAUAUACACACACACUGCGAGACUAAAACAAGCCCUUCGCACUACAGUCAAGUGAAGCAGGUCCCCACAUAACAUCACAUUCCCCUGGGCCUGGAGUUGGCUGGUUUCCAUCUGAAGCUGAUUGAAAUGAUUGUCCUUGUAGUACGGAGACUCUGAUGGAGCUAGGCUGGGGUCAGAGUGCAGGGUCAGCCAUGAUACAGCACCCCUGGAGCAAAUAGGGUCAAGGGCCUUGCUCAAGGGCCCAACAGUGGCAUCUAUUGUACACACUGAAAAUGAAGUAGUUGCAUGUGAAAGACUAAACACAACAGACACGAUCAAUUACAACAAAUCAGGAGAUUGUGACAGUAAUGAUGUGUGUCCACUAAUAAUGGAUCACAUGAGCAGACCAGACAGAAACAAACACACACACAGGCAUAUGGAUGAAGACAGAUAUCCUGCUGACAGAGCUUUUAACAGUCGUGUCACAACAGAAGACAUUAUGCACAUUCCUCCUCGUCCCCCUCGAAGUGUCCUGCCAGGAUGUAAAGCCCCCUCCAUCAACAGAAACCUGAAACCUGGGAGAUUGCCCAAAAGUUACUCAGAUGGAAAAUUUGACUUUGUGGGAUCUACUGACAAGGAUUUCAAAGCUCCACAGAGGCCGGUGAGAUCUUUGCCCAGAGAUCAGUUGAAUUUACCACCUUUGCCAGGACAAACCAGCACUGACCAGUUAAACCAGGUCGAUCAGUUUAAUGUGUCUCCUCCAUCCAGACCAGCACCAGUUUCACCACAAAUCAGAACCAACAAAAGCAACACAAACACAUGGCCCGAAUCAAGUCUGAUCGGAAGGGAGAAUGUUAGAAACAGACAAUCAUCUACAAGUCAGUCGUCUCAGAGGUUUUCUCUGGAUUUAGACUCUCAGGAUCUAGACAGUGAUUGUGAGAGAGAACGCAGCUCGUCUGAUUCUCAUUUAAAGAUACAGCAGCAUCAUGAGUGGCCACCAGCUAAAGGAGACACAAACCACAGCAGUUACACCAAUCACAGCAAACCUGCACAGCAGGAGUGUUUGCUUCAAGGUCAGCUGUCUCCUCAAAAAAUGAACUUUUACACAAAGAUUGGAUUGGAGGAGCAGAACUGGUAUGUUGGCACAGUUAGUCGUGUGGAAGCAGAACAUGCGCUUCACCUGGUCAACCAGGAAGGAGCAUUUCUGGUGCGCGACUGUUCCAAGAACACUACCUAUGAGCCCUUCGUCCUUGCUGUGUUUUAUGACAAAAGAGUUUUCAACAUUCAGAUCCGUUUCAGUGAAGAGACGAGCAAAUACACUCUGGGAACUGGACUCAGAACAAAUGACAGGUUUGAUUCAGUGACUGACAUCAUCAAGUUCCAUUCCAUAUUUCCCAUCAUCCUCAUCGAUGGACGCAAAACAUCAAGAGCAGCAGCCACUGAAAGGAGACAGUGUGUCCUCAUGUACCCAAUCACAAAGCAGGACAUUAUACAGCUGUUGAAUUAAACCACACCAGCGAAUAUAAAUAGUCUUCAAAGACUUUUAAUGAUGUUUGACUGGUACAGACUCAAAUGUACAGAACACUUUGCAGCUGAAAGACAUUGGAUGUAAAAUAAAUCAAUUAUUUGAUAAUGUCAGUGUCAAAAUAAUAAUUUAAAAACAGAUACGCUUCUGAUGCUUAAGACAAUGUACGGUGUAUGGUUUGACAAACUCAAUGUUAAUCUAAAAUCCAAACACAAUCUGAACAGUUCUUUUUUUUUCACAGGCACAUGCUAUUAACAGUUCAUGUUAUAAGAGAAAAGUUUAAUAGUGGGAUCAUUUGAGGUAGACUUAAAAAAGGAUGUUAAAAGAUCAAACUCCAUCAGUUUAGUGACUGUACACUUUACAACAGAAGUACAAGACCACUGUUCUGCUGUAGUCUGCAUUGACAUACUCCAUACACAGACAAAAGUUUGUUUUAAAAAAAACAAAAACAACAUCCGAAGUUUGAAUUUCACAAAACACAGAGCUUUACCCAACAAACAAAAUGUGCACAGGAGUAUUUGUUGAUUCAUCCAUUCAGGAGAAUUUGAAGAUCCCGAGAAAAGUUCUGAAGGUCAGAAAACAUUCAGAUGAACACCAAUUCUCAUGUGUUAUAUGGUACAGCAGGGCUACUCAACUUCCGAAAGGUUAGGGGCCGCAAAGUUGGAUCCCUGUACCCUUGAGGACCGCACUCUUCAUUUUUAUUAUAUAUAUAUAUACUAAUAUAUAUAUACACAGUGCAUCCGGAAAGUAUUCACAGCGCUUCACUUUUUCCACAUAUUGUUAUGUUACAGCCUUAUUCCAAAAUGGAUUAAAUUCAUUAUUUUCCUCAAAAUUCUACAAACAAUACCCCAUAAUGACAACGUGAAAGAAGUUUGUUUGAAAUCUUUGCAAAUUUAUUAAAAAUAAAAAACGAAAAAAAUCACAUGUACAUAAGUAUUCACAGCCUUUGCUCAAUACUUUGUUGAAGCACCUUUGGCCCCAAUUACAGCCUCAAGUCUUUUUGAGUAUGAUGCUACAAGCUUGGCACACCUAUUUUUGGGCAGUUUUUCCCAUUCUUCUUUGCAGGACCUCUCAAGCUCCAUCAGGUUGGAUGGGGAGCGUCGGUGCACAGCCAUUUUCAGAUCUCUCCAGAGAUGUUCAAUCGGGUUCAAGUCUGGGCUCUGGCUGGGCCACUCAAGGACAUUCACAGAGUUGUCCCGGAGCCACUCCUUUGUUAUCUUGGCUGUGUGCUUAGGGUCGUUGUCCUGUUGGAAGAUGAACCUUCACCCCAGUCUGAGGUCCAGAGCGCUCUGGAACAGGUUAUCAUCAAGGAUGUCUCUGUACAUUGCUGCAUUCAUCUUUCCCUCAAUCCUGACUAGUCUCCCAGUUCCUGCUGCUGAUCCCCACAGCAUGAUGCUGCCACCACCAUGCUUCACUGUAGGGAUGGUAUUGGCCAGGUGAUGAGCGGUGCCUGGUUUCCUCCAGACAUGACGCUUGCCAUUCAGGCCAAAGAGUUCAAUCUUUGUUUCUCAUGGUCUGAGAGUCCUUCAGGUGCCUUUUGGUAAACUCCAGGCGGGCUGUCAUGUGCCUUUUACUGAGGAGUGGCUUCCAUCUGGCCACUCUACCAUACAGGCCUGAUUGGUGGAGUGCUGCAGAGAUGGUUGUUCUUCUGGAAGGUUCUCCUCUCUCCACAGAGAAAUGCUGGAGCUCUGUCAGAGUGACCAUUGGGUUCUUGGUCACCUCCCUGACUAAGGCCCUUCUCCCCCGAUCGCUCAGUUUGGCCGGGCGGCCAGCUCUAGGAAGAGUCCUGGUGGUUCCAAACUUCUUCCAUUUACGGAUGGUGGAGGCCACUGUGCUCAUUGGGACCUUCAAUGCUGCAGAAAUUUUUCUGUACCCUUCCCCAGAUUCCCCACUGUUAACUGUGGGACCUUAUAUAGACAGGGGUGUGCCUUUCCAAAUCAUGUCCAAUCAACUGAAUUUACCACAGGUGGACUCCAAUCAAGUUGUAGAAACAUCUCAAGGAUGAUCAGUGGAAACAGGAUGCACCUGAGCUCAAUUUUGAGUCUGCAAAGGCUGUGAAUACUUAUGUACAUGUGAUUUUUUUCGUUUUUUAUUUUUAAUAAAUUUGCAAAGAUUUCAAACAAACUUCUUUCACGUUGUCAUUAUGGGGUAUUGUUUGUAGAAUUUUGAGGAAAAUAAUUAAUUCAAUCUAUUUUGGAAUAAGGCUGUAACAUAACAAAAUGUGGAGAAAGUGAAGCGCUGUGAAUACUUUCCAGAUGCACUGUAUAUAUACACACAGUAUAUUAGGCAUGUAAGGAUACACAUAUUUCAUGAUACAAUGCAAUAUGAGCACCCACAAAUGUUUCUCUCAAACUAUUCAAGGAUUCGACAUAAAUGUAUUUUAAAUCAUAAAUACCACAAAAGUGUCUGACAUUGGCAACAAAAAACAGAACAGAGAAAACUCAUAUGAACUCACAAUUUUCUUGAGAAAAUAAGUUUGUCUACACUGUAGUCAUUUAUAUUUGUAUAACACUUUCACAAUACACAUCGUUUCAAAGCAGCUUUACAGAAAAUCAUGCCUUGUUGUCUGAAAGCCUCCUGUGAACCAGCUGAAGGAAAAAAACUGGAGAGGAAUCUGACCUCUGGUUUUACGAUAUAUGUACAUAAUUCAAUAUUAUUUAGCAGCUUGAGCAAAAACCGAUCGGCACACCUUAUUUUUAUUUUUUUUGCCGUCUUCCCCGGUUUCACUUUGCAUAUAAACUUUACCGCCGUUAUUACCGUUUAUAGCAUGUGCACAAGUGUUGUUCUCAAAGCUGUUUACAUUUUGAAGUCAAAAGCAGAUAAUUAUAAGUCUCAUGUUUUUUGAUAGUUAUGACUCAUACCUUAUGAGCGUCUUGCUGUGCAUGUGACACUGUUAAACGUACUGCUGCUGUUUCUGCCUCACAAAUCCACCGAUUUUCACGGUGAUGUUGGCGUAAAUAAAACGACAUGUUUGAUGUACUGUAGCACCAGGACAUGACACCGUUGUUUGGCAAAUUCGACAAGCUGUACCAAUACAGAUGCCGUUCGCCAUCGAUGUUCUCGUCUAUGUACUGUAAGUGUGUCUCCGGGGAGGAGACCGUUCCUCUCAAUGUUGCACUGAUUGGUUUUAAUUACACUAUAAUGUGUUUAUGUAUCAUAAGAUACAAUGCUAUACAAUAUUUUUUUACACCCCUAAUAUAUACAGCUCUGGAAAAAAAUUAAGAAACCACUCCAGAGGCCUGGGUAGCUCAACGAGUAUUGACGCUGACUAUCACACCUGGAGUCGCGAAUUUGAAUCCAGGGCAUGCUGAGUGAAUCCAGCCAGGUCUCCUAAGCGACCAAAUUGGCCCGGUUGCUAGGGAAGGUAGAGUCACAUGGGGUAACCUCCUCAUGGUCACUAUAAUGUAGUUCUCGCUCUUGGUGGGGCACGUGGUGAGUUGUGCAUGGAUGCCGCAGAGAAUAGCGUGAAGCCUCCACAUGCGCUACGUCUCCGAGGUAACGCGCUCAACAAGUCACGUGAUAAGAUGCACGGAUUGAUGGUCUCAGACGUGGAGGCAACUGAGAUUCGUCCUCCACCACCCGGAUUGAGGCGAGUCACUACGCAACCACGAGGGCUUAGAGCGCAUUGGGAAUUGGGCAUUCCAAACUGGGGAGAAAAAGGGGAGAAAAAAAACAAAACAAAAAAACACUCCAAAUGUUUCUUAAAUCAGCAUCUCUACAUGUACGGCAGCCAUUCCAGUGUCUGUUGAAUUCCAACACAAGCACACCUCGUUCUACUUAAUGAGGUACUGAUUAAGUAAUCACCUGAACCAAAUCUUUUUUAAUGAGGAAAAGUAUAAAAACUACUGCUGUCGUCAUCACUAUCCUCUUGCAAUAGGACCAGCUAGAUGGCAAAAACAGUGCUAGUAGUAGCUCAAAAGCAAUUGGAAUCAAAAAUAACUACUGACCAUGCCAAAAGAGUUGAAAAGAAAAGUUUUCACUGAGGAAAAGAAGAGUUCAAUUCUAGCUUUACUGGCAGAGGGAUACAGUGAGCGUCAGGUUGCUUCCAUCUUUAAAAUUUCAAAGAUGGCGGUUCAUAAGAACAAGGUCAAGCAGCAGACAUUAGGGACAUCGAAGCUACAGACCGGCUGAGGGCGAAAUGGACUCUCCACUGGGAGACUGCCAACUCAUUCGAAUGUCACUCAACAACGUAGGAUGACAUCAAGUGACCUACAAAAAGAAUGGCAAACGGCAGCUGGGGUGAAGUGCACGGCGAGGACGGUUCGAAACAGGCUCCUAAGGGCAGGGCUGAAGUCGUUCAAAGCUAGAAAAAAGCCCUUCAUCAAUGAGAAGUAAAGAAGAGCCAGGCUGAGGUUUGCAAAAGACCAUAAGGAUUGGACCGUAGAGGACUGGAGGAAGGUCAUCUUCUCUGAUGAAUCCAAUUUUCUGCUUUCCCAACACCUGGUCGUCUAACGGUUAGAUGGAGACCUGGAGAGGCUUACAAGCCACGGUGUCUUGCACCCACUGUGAAAUUUGGUGGAGUAUCGGUGAUGAUCUGGGGGUGCUUCAGCAAGGCUGGAAUAGGGCAGAUUCGUCUUUGUGAAAGACACAUGAAUCAAGCCACGUACAAGGUUAUCCUGGAAGAAAACUUGCUUCCUUCUGCUCUGACAAUGUUCCCCAUCUCUGAGGAUUGGUUUUUCCAGCAGGACAAUGCUCCAUGCCACACAGCCAGGUCAAUCAAGGUGUAGAUGGAGGACCACCGGAUCAAGACCCUGUCAUGCCCAGCCCAAUCUCCAGACCUGAACCCCAUUGAAAACCUCUGGAAUGAGAUCAAGAGGAAGAUGGAUGGCCACAAGCCAUCAAACAAAGCCGAGCUGCUUGAAUUUUUGCACCAGGAGUGGCAUAAAGUCACCCAACAGCAAUGUGAAAGUCUGGUAGAGAGCAUGCCAAGACACAUGAAAGCUGUGAUUGAAAAUCAGGAUUAUUCCAUCAAAUAUUGAUUUCUGAACUCUAAGUUAAAACAUUAGUAUUGUGUUGUUUAAUAAUGAAUAUGAUCUUGUUUUCUUUGCAUUAUUCAAGGUCUUAAAACACUGCAUCUUUUGGGUUAUUUUGACCAGUUGUCAUUUUCUGCAAAUAAAUGCUCUAAAUGACAAUAUUUUUAUUUGGAAUUUGGGAGAAAUGUUGUCAGUAUUUUAUAUAAUAAUAUAAAAAUUUUCAUUUUACUCAAACACAUACCUAUAAAUAAUAAAUCCAGAGAAACUGAUCAUUUUGCAGUGGUCUCUUCAUUUUGUCAAGAGCUGUAUUUAUAAUUAUAAAAAAAAAUUAUAUUAAGAAUGUUGGAAUGUUAUUAA